GCUAGAAUAAAAAUUAAAAGACCCAUCAAAAUAAACUAGAUACAAGAGGAAAAGGAGGAGGGAGGCCAUAGGAGGUUCUUCCGUCAACACAAUUUUAGAAGAAAUCUUUCUAUAAGGUGCCAACAAUGUCAUCUGAAGAUCCAAGUGAGCAUUCUGUGCAUGGAUCUGAACAUGCCAGCGCUCACCAUGAUGAAUCCCAUGUUCCGAAUCCGUUCAUACAGCAGAUGACUGGACUGUUCCAGCAAAUCGUUCAAAAUGUGAUCCCGACUAAUAACGGAGAUGCACGGGAGUCCAUUACGAUCGAGAAGCUAAAGAAGAAUGGCGCCUCCAUUUUCUUUGGAAAAAGGGGGGAUACGCCGGAAGUUGCCGAAUUUUGGCUUGAACAAACCGCUCGAGUCUUAGAAGAUUUACAGGUGCCGAUAGCCGAUCGCCCGCGACAUGCUAUUAGUUUGCUGCAACAUGGAGCUUACGAUUGGUGGAAAUCGGUACUUCUCAGGCCUGAUCUACCGAGACCCGUGACAUGGGACUAUUUUCAAGCACGCUUUAUUGAUCAAUUUGUUCCGGCCUGGUACCAAGAAGAACGAAAACGACAAUUUAUGGAUCUGACACAAGGAUCCAUGACGGUGGCAGAGUAUGCAUAUGAAUUCCUUCGCCUGAGCAAAUAUGCUCCGGAUAUGGUAAGAGUAGAAGCCGACAAGUGCCGGAAAUUUGAGUAUGGGCUUAAUGAAGAAAUCGCUGGGCAGGUGGUCACCUUACGCCACGUUAGCUUCACAUUGCUUAUGGGGGCUGCUCAAAGUUUUGAAGGGUGGCGCAGAAGAAAGACCAGCAGGGGGACACUUUCUUACUCAGCACCGACAAGGAACUCGACAGGGAAGAGACAUGAAAGUGGAAAAGGAAAAUCUCAGAGUCGAUAUAAUGAAUCAUCUCAUGCCAAGUCCACGUCUGGUAGCAACAAACCUCGACCACCGGGUUCACAGGCCAAAAGUGUCCCGCUAUGUUCCUUUUGUGGCAAACACCAUGUCGGUGAAUGUAGAAAAGCCUCUGGAGCUUGUUUUCGUUGUGGUCAAAUGGGGCACAUGCUCCGAGAAUGCCCUUUGCUUGUCACAGGUGAUGCCUCUUCAGCUCCAGUCCGCCCCACUCAGCCCCCACAGAGGAGCCAACAAACUCGUUGUGACACUCUGAAAAUUUAACAAAAUAUUUAAAUUAUUAAUCGGAUAAUAUUUUAGCAUGUGAAAAAG